AUGCCCACACAUUCUCGAACAACAAUGGGUGAAGGAACAGACAUGGCUAAAGGUAUCGGCGCUUCCGUUGUGGGCUCCGUCGUCGGUAACAAGGCCGCCGACAAGCUCCACUUAGGCGGGGCUGGCCACAUGGUUGGCGGUAUCGGUGGGGGCAUUCUUGGCGGCCAAGCGUUGGGCGAGGCUGAGAAGAAGGUCCACGAACACGAAGACAAAAAAGACUAG